GAAUAUGACUGAAUACCCAGCAUAAGCAUGGAUUAAAAACCUUCCUAAUUCUUAUGCCCAUGGCUAAAACCUUCCUUCUUCACUGUCCUGAUCCCACCCUAUCCCAUGUCCCCAUUCUCCAUAACUCUCUUCUUCCUUCUCUUCUCCACUUUAUUCUUUAUCCCCACACACCAACGCCAACACCCACACCCUCUGGACCCACUAACCCCAGAAGAGAUCACGCAGGUCCAAGCCAUUGUUCGAGAUUCUUACCCCAACUCAACCCACGUGCUCACUUUUCAAUACGUUGGCCUAGAGCAACUACCCAAAUCCUCUGUCCUUUCAUGGAUUAGAAAUCCUUCCAUAGAAACCCUACAUCGCCGGUCCUUCGUAAUUGCCCGUAUAGACCAAACUACUCAUGAAAUCAUCGUCGACUUGUCACUUCAUCAGGUCAUUUCUGAUCAAGUCUACGAUGGUUAUGGCUACCCUUUACUCACUUUCGAGGAGCAAAACGCAGCCAAUCAAUUGCCGUUUCAGUACUCGCCAUUUUUGGAGUCCAUUAACAAGAGAGGGCUUAAGAUUGAAGAGGUCGUGUGUGGGAGUUUUACCGUCGGCUGGUUUGGGCAGAAAAAAAGGUCAAAGAGGAUUGUUAAGGUGAUGUGUUACUAUUUAGAUGGAACUGUUAAUGUGUAUAUGAGGCCAAUUGAGGGUAUUUCUUUGACCGUCGAUCUUGAAGACAUGAAGAUCACACACUUUAAAGAUAGAAUAACGGUUCCAAUCCCAAAAGCGGAUGGAACUGAUUACAGAGGAUCCAAGCAAACGCCGCCGUUUGGGCCGCAUUUGAAGGGCAUCACGGUGGUGCAACCUGAUGGGCCAAGCUUCAAGAUUGACGGACACAGGAUACGGUGGGCCAACUGGGAUUUUCAUCUAAGUUUCGAUACUCGAGCUGGUCCAGUUAUAUCUGUGGCAUCUAUAUUUGAUGUUGACAAGCAGAAGUUUCGUCAAGUCUUAUAUAAAGGGUUUGUAUCAGAGGUGUACGUUCCAUACAUGGACCUAACAGAAGAAUGGUAUUUUAGGACUUUUUUUGAUGCUGGUGAAUAUGGGUAUGGUCUAUCUGCAGUGCCACUUGAACCAAUUACGGACUGCCCGGAAAAUGCAUAUUUCAUUGACGCUUACUUUGCUAGCCAAAAUGGGAUGCCUGUAAAGAUGCCUAAUAUCUUUUGCAUCUUUGAGAGGCUUUCUGGGGAUAUCAUGUGGCGUCACACUGAGACUUUGAUCCCAGGCAAUAUGGUUCGGGAGGUCAGGCCAGAUGUGAGCCUGGUGGUGAGGAUGGUUUCAACUGUGGGCAACUAUGACUAUAUAAAUGAUUGGGAAUUUAAGCAGAGUGGCUCCAUCAAAGUCACGGUUGGGCUGACUGGUUUGCUAGAAGUAAGAGGAUCAGUGUACACCCACAAAGACCAAAUAGAGGAGGAAGUGUUUGGUACACUAUUAGCAGAAAAUACCUUGGGUCCACAUCAUGAUCACUUCCUUACUUACCACCUCGAUGUUGAUGUGGAUGGAGAUGCAAACUCCUUUGUCAAAUCUAGGAUGCAAGUGACACCAGUGACUGAUGACAAGUUGCAUAGGAAGAGUUACUGGAGGGUUGUUAGUGAAACUGCUAAAACAGAGUCUGAUGCCAGAAUUAAGCUUGGCUUGGAGCAAGCUGACCUAUUAGUAGUUAAUCCAAAUAAGAGGACUAGUAUGGGGAAUUUCAUUGGCUAUCGUUUGAUCCCUGGAUCAUCCACAAGUCCCAUCUCAUCUCAGGAUGACUACCCUCAGAUUAGGGGUGCCUUCACUAACUAUAAUGUGUGGGUUACACCUUAUAACAAGUCUGAAAAAUGGGCAGGCGGGGUUUAUGCAGAUCAGAGCAGAGGGGAUAAUACCUUAGCUACAUGGAGUCUCAGGAAUAGGAUAAUAGAAAAUAGGGACAUUGUGCUGUGGUACACUGUGGGUUUUCAUCAUGUACCCUGCCAAGAAGAUUUUCCAGUAAUGCCAACAAUAAGCAGUGGAUUUGAGCUCCGGCCAACUAAUUUUUUUGAAAAAAAUCCGGUGCUUAAAGUCAAACCACCUCAACCUAUUCAGUGGACGAACUGCUCUGCAUGUAGAUGAUGGUUUUAAUAUAGCGGGGGUUUUGCUUGAAGUGCAUACAAGAUAAUCUGCAGUGUUUCUCUUGCUAAUUAAUUUCUUACUCUUUCCUUCCAUUUCUAAUAGGACUCCAUGAGUUGAAAAUUUAUUACCCUUUGGACUUCUGAAUCUUGAGAGAUGCUUGAAUACAUGAGAUAUUUUGUUUGAAAC